AUGGCAUCCAUUCCCCAAAUCCAACCCAUCAACCUAUCCGCUAAGGAGAUCCGCUACAUUUUCCAUCAUGUUUUUCUUCCUCCGCUCCUACCUCAGAAAGAUGACUAUGACGUAAAGAAUGAAGAGGCCUUGCUACAGGCCAUCAUUGACUCUCUUUCGGCAUUUAGAGGUUAUGUACAAGAAAGUCAAUCCAGCAUGGCCGACUCAGCGCAUGCUACGAUGGAACGCCUAUAUCAAACUCACGAUUUUCAACUUGGAGAUACAUCCCAAAUCAACGAAGAACAGCUUCUAAAUGCUUUCGAAUCCAUUCAGAAUCAAGAUGUCACGAUUCCGCUCCAUGUUCGAGUUCAAAACUGCGGCGUAAUCUUUGUAAGAUCCGGCGAGGCUGUUAUCGUCAAGAUGUUCGAGCUUUCCGCUCUUAAUCGCGACGUGAUGUCUACUAAAGGGGGAUUACGCCGAAUCUUCCCAGGCUCCGCUAUAAAAAUACCUAUGGAAACCUUCCGAUCCUGUCAAUUCCGUGCUACGUUAGCCGGUACACUUGCGAAAAUGAGUUUCCAAGAAGCCCACGGUACGAAGCCUCAAGUAAGAAAGAACGGCCGGCUACAAGACGAAGAUCGGGACACUACACAUCCAAAGAUGGUAACCCAACUCCUUUCUUCUUUCCUACUAUCUGUAGGCGAGCAAGUGGAGGUUGUGAGCAUUUGGAAGAACACCCGCGAAGAGGUAUUUUGGCAAAAUACCAAGCUCCCUUUUCACCGAUCAGCCCUUUGGAUGUUCAUACGUGUGACCCUGCAACUUGAAUUCUCAGAAGCAGAGACGCGGGUCGGUUAUUCUGGUCAAACCUAUAAGGUGUACAUGUUAUUUUUCAUGGCCUACAUUCUGGGACGGGCGAAUGAAAUAGGCCCCGCGAGUGAAGUCUUAUCAGCCAUGAGUGCCAAGGUAUCUCGUCGAUACCAGAAGCUUUUCGGAGUUGUCCCUCGGAGGAUAGCCACGUUCAUAGACUCCAUUCUAUCAGUGACUAGCAAUAUACUCCAAAAGCGGUGGUCUCGGAUAAUGGAACUGGACAAUCCUGUCAAGACGUUUAAAGCCCUCCAGAGUCUAAAAUUUAAGGACGAUACAACCAUGACAUUUCCCGAACUAAAGAUAUUCAUUAAUUCCAUAGAGCGACGCGGAAGGAACAACAAGCCUUUUGAAUUCCUCGGAAACUGUCCUUUAGACAAUUACAGGGCUGAUAUGCUUCCCGAUCUUUCUAUGAUGUCAGAUGAUACCCCCAUGACAUAUAAGCUAGCAAUUUUUGAGCAUUGGGUUGCCUCAUCCUUGGGGGGUUGGAUAAGAUCCAAAUCCGCUCACCCAGCAACAUGUGGCGUUUUGAGGCGAGCGAUAGAGAAAUACCACAAGGAAGCUCUUGCGCACUACGAAGACAACCCUGAGUUGACAUCCAUUAUGAUUCUUACUAUUCUUGAGCUCUGGGUUGCAUCCGAUAGAUCAGCAGUGAAGAUCUGCAGCUUGUUGCGAGAGUACAAACCGGAGAUUCCGAUAGAGACCUUGCAGAACCUUAACUUGCCGAUGAGGGAACAGAUGAUAAGACUGAAGAAUGUUGAGGAAUAUUUGGCGAGUCGUGUAUCCCGCGCCGGAUUCCACAUGUCCGAGGUUCUCUACCACUUUGGUAGUGCUGACUGCUUUUCUGUGCGGUAUUUCAACCAGUCUUUCGAACAUCAGGAACUAAAGGCAAGGAUCGAAAGCCGGGCAGAAUCGGAAAGAGACGCAAAGCGUGAAGAGUUUCAACAGAAAAAAAAUGAAUACCACGAGAAGACCCAACGUGCCAACCAAAUGUCACACAGUAUGGUGGCGAGGGUCAAUUCCAAAGGCGUAGCUUUCAAUUCCUGCCGCAAUAAUUGCCUAAAAUGUAGGCUCAACCGAGAGGCGAAAGCCUUGACUAUACGAAUUCACGAGUGGCCGUUGCCUGAAGAUGAGCUCGACGCUAAGUCGGCCGUCUUCGAGUUGCAAGUACCUCCUUCGUUUGGUCACUGGCGUGACACACUUGUGUUCAUAGUUUUAGAUGUGUUCAAGUCGGUAUACAGCGCCGAGAAUAAACCGCGAGCGCGUUAUGAACUGUUUUACGCAAGCCUGGAGGACAACUUCCGUGAGUUCGAUUCGAGGCAGCGGAUAGGCUUAUUAUCAGAAGUAAAGCCUGAGUUGGGGACGCAUCGUCGGAUGAAAACCAUCGCCAGACAUUCUGAGGACAGCGUCUGUUACGCAAACGCUUUGCGUCUUCAGUAUUUUGACUAUACAAGUGAUUGUUUUUCGGCAUCCAUCUCACCUACAAUGAACAUCCCAAAGCUAUGCACAUACUCCUUACCAAGACAGCUAGCCGAAAAUAAAUCGCUACAGCAGUUCCUCCAUCGCCCGGCCGCAACACCAGAUGGUCCAAUGCCAAAUCAGGUCAUAGCCACCCAGUCUGCCUGCCCCAAUGGCAUAUCUUUGGAGGAAUACAAGGCACUUGCGGUCCUUCCAUUAGGAUGCUUAAUCCAAUGGCAGAAUGUCUUAGUGCAGCUCGAAAUGCCCAGUGUCGACUUUAAAAAGGAAGAGACCGCUCUCUUUAUCUCACAAAUAAUUUUCCAGGCUGGUCCUCGUAGCCGUAACGAUGAACUAGGUGUUCUAAGAGAUGGUCAUGAAAUACUCAAUGAUAUACAUUUCGCUGAAGCUCUACUAGGCGGCCUAGGCAAGGCAAUUGACAGGGUCAAAGAGAAUUGGCAAUCCUUUCGAGCUCUGGGCAUCUUCGUUUCCAUAACAAGACGGCUUCUCUCCUUGACACCAUCGGCAGAUAUUGGACAGGGAUGUCUCGUUCUCCUCAUAUUGGUUCGUGAUAUCGCCUUGAAAUGGAUCAAGACCCUGGAAGAUCAAGUCCAACGCACCACAGAUGAUGACAUACGAGCUGACUUGCGAUUGAAAAUUGCCAAAAUUGGGUUAAUCUGUGUGGAUACCUUCGAAAUCGACGAUAUCUACCUCCGUACCGUUUUAGCUUCACAAGAGGAAGCAUGCAAGAUGAUAAGAUGUUUCAUUACCAUUCAGGAUGGAUUACUCUAUAUCCCAAAGAAAAGCGAAAGUCUCACUGAAAUCAUGCAGAGGCGCUGGGAGCGGCUUGGGUACCGAGGAUUCGCCAUCCUUGCCAAUGAAAUUCUCGUCGAGAAUAGCUCAGCUUUAGAUGAUGCCAUAAAAGAAACUUGGACUGCAUUCCGCCCGGUCAAUAAGUGGGUGGUUCUGCCUAACCCUUAUCAUCAUUGGCUCGAGGGCCGUUCGAUACCCGAGAAUGAAAGUGGAGAUAGACAACUGGUAAUUAAUUUCAGCUUACUAACAGGCGAGCUCCUUGUUAACGGCAGUCCUUUGAGUCGAUUACCUAGAGAAUACGAGAGAGAUUCCAUAUAUUCAACCUUAUUUGGCAAGUCGGUUCUAGAAGUUGUACCGAGUUCUGUCCCUGGAAUGCGUUUCUCUUGCCAGAAACCAUUUAGCGGUCACGAACUAGACUUCGGGAUGGACCACCCGAGAAGGGACAUGCUCCUUCGGGCUGUGAACGAAGGCCUAGUAUACGAAUUAGUCCCUCGAUAUGUUUUACAGAGGUUAUUACCAACGAUAUUCGUUGAGGACUUUGUUCAUUGGUAUAAUAAAACCAAUGGAUACUUGGAGUUUUGCCCCCGGGAGCUUCCGUGGACGCACUCGAAACAUAAUUGGAGACUAGUUUCUUCAGGACCUGCCUGGAAAUUAGUUAAGGAUGACUCGUACCUCAUCUGUAAUAACAGCCCAACAGCCAGAGAGGUAUAUAAAAUUCUAAGCCUCCUCGAGGAACAACAGUGGACGCACAUUAUCCUUCGUGGCUCCACCCUCGACAUUGAACUGCCUAGACUAAAGCUAGGGUUCCGUUUGAAAGAAGGAGAAUCGAAAGUUUCUUCUCGUCAGUUCCGUGGGAUGUCGGUUGAUGAAGACCAGUCUAUCGAAACUCUUGUUGGACUUCGCAGCAAGCUUGUACUUAAAGGCGAUAACGAUCAAGACCGGCGCAAGGUUAUUCUCCCGAGUGGGAAUAUCGGGUUCGACAAGACUGACCAACACGUGCAUGUUUCUAUUGAGACGUGUCCAGACACUAAGAUCCAUGUCUACGAGAUUGACAACUUGCUUGGCAGGCUUAUUAACAAUAGUAGCCUGCAGAGUAGGUUGUUGAUAUCGUAUCUCCAUGCCUUAACCUCUUUCCCCUUGCCCGACCCUCUAACUGGAAAGACAGGGACCGAACAAGCCCUAUCCAUUUUGGACUCUGCCGCAGUUCGAUCUUUCAAGUCUCUUACAAAAGAAAAUUUCGACUUGUUAGCAGAAAUAGCUGCACUUACUCCGGAGAGGGUUUACUACCCAGCCGACAAACAGGAGAUGCAGACAGUAAGCUGGUCGCCACAGCUCGGCUUCUUAGCUCAACACGGUCAAUUCUACCAAAUUGUACGCUCAAUAUUUGACCAAGCCGAGGAGUCAAAGUUCCUCUAUAUGGAAUCAUAUGUCGAUCCACCUCUUCUACACAAUGUCAAUCAAACCUUGCUACGCCGAGACCUCAUUCGCUCGUCGACGUUCCGUGUCUCCGGCUUCGGUGCUGAGAAACAUACUACCGACCAUGAUAGGGCAUACCAGUCUAGAGAUCGUAAGCAAUAUCCAGCGCAGGCAUCUUUGUCCUUUGCCAUGUGUAACGUGAUCCUCCAAGGGCAGUUCAGCCUCUACGAAGCGCUCCCAAAUCAAGACCUGGCCGAAUAUAUUUGGGAGUUUGUUGAUACAUACGCAAAGGGAGAACUAAAAAACAGACCUAGACAUAGUUUUCAGUUAUCUUCACUGAAUUACGACUCUAGGUUGCUUCUGGAAUGGGCCGAGGACGUCUCGGAAGAUUGGAUCCGCCUCCAACAGGUUUUGAGCGAUCCAAGUUCGAUGAAGCCUAACAAGUUCCAAGUGAUGCUAUGGCUUACUACGCUUUCUUUCGCUAAAAAUGUCGAUGUGACUAUUAUUCAAGUCCUGGCUUCGUUCUUUGUGGACAUCGGAAUGUGUUCUAUCUUUGCGCCUCCUGGUUCUGUCUUUAAGUUGAAUCUUGGUUCGGAUAUUCACCGUUACGAAUUGCGAAGACUCCUUGGAGAUGAAUGUUUCGACUGGGACCAGAGUCCAGAAGCAGCACUACCCAUGAAAUAUGGAGAGCCGGAAUACGAUUAUGAAUUUCGGCGGUCGCAAAGAUUCCAGGAUAACCAGAAGACGGUGAUCGACACCCUAUCAGACGCUCUGAUAGAUCAAUGGCCCUGCAGCAGCCCAUCCCGCCCCAUUAACAGGGGUCCUGUUGAAUGGGACAGGUAUAUCGACAUGAAUGCUGCCAUGACGCGGGCACAUGCUUAUUUCAAACCGCGCUUUGAUAACAGUAGAUUCCUCACAUAUCUUCGGUAUAUUGGCAACACAAUCCCUCAGAUUAUCUUCCCCAUUGAGAUCCCGCGAUAUUCACCAUUGGUCCCGCUCGAGAGUUCCCCCAAUGAACCUGGAUUUGUUAGCGGCGAUGAUAUAUUCUCAUGUGAGGCCCCAGUGAAGUUACCGCCUGAAGAAGACAGCAUGGAACACAUAUUAUCGCCUUUAAACAGCGGAAGUGAACGGAAACCUCGUCUCCCCCGUUUGUUGGAAAGACUCGCGGCGGCGGCGCGAUCAGGUUAUGAAGAAAGCUAUGUGAACGACCUCGAUAGUAGUGUCCAGUCGUUGCAGGGCUGGAAGAAGGAGUACUCCUUAGCAUCAGAUACGCAGGAAAUAGGAGAAAUUCUGUCUCUUCACCGGGAUCGCUGCCAGGCUUUAGUCGAUGAAAUUCGCGAUAUCAUACUCGGAGCGGUUGGGGCUGAUGUCCGAGCCCAGUCAGCUACUUUUCCACAUUGGCCAAGGCUCUCCCCAAUCUUUUUCUUACAGGGCCUAUCUCGAAGCUAUGGGCAAAAACUCUCAAAGGAUUGGAAAAAUUGUCUGGUCCGAUAUGGGGUGGCUGUCUCUCAGUUACAACGGGCGAUUCGUGCUCUGAGAAUGGUUCGAAAUCCGUCUGCACUUAUUAACGAGCUUCGCAACCCCGGUCACAACUGGCAGCCUCGGGACCAACCAGAGUCACUACUUCUGGAAAUAGAAAGUGACAUCAUGAUCCGACCAGUCCAAGAGCAAAUCGCGGCCAGCAUGAUAAACCCCGAUAGGGGCAAGAAUGCGGUUAUGCAACUGAAUAUGGGGGAAGGAAAGUCGUCGGUUAUUGUACCCAUGGUUGCAGCAGCUCUUGCAGACGGCCAGAGGUUAGUCCGGGUGGUCGUGGGGAAGCCACAAUCCAAGCAAAUGUACCAAAUGCUGGUUUCAAAGCUUGGAGGCUUGCUAGACCGACGUGUUUACCACAUGCCGUUCUCUCGCGCCAUAAAAGUCGGGCAUGAGGAAGUACGGGCAAUGAAUAAACUGUUCGAGGACUGCAAGGAAAAUGGCGGCGUUUUCCUAGUCCAACCGGAACACAUCCUUUCUUUCAAGCUUAUGGGCAUCGAAUGUAUCUUGACAGGAAAGGAGCAGGUCGGUCGGGCUUUGGUGAAAAGCCAAGGUGUCCUCAAUGCAUGCACUAGAGAUAUUGUCGACGAAAGCGAUGAAAAUUUCAGCGUCAAAUUCGAGCUGGUGUAUACAAUGGGUACACAAAGGCCCACUGAACACAGUCCUGAGAGAUGGGUCUGUAUCCAACAGGUCCUGGACAUAAUUAGGGAGGUCGUCUCAGAAGUUUCCCCAGAGUUGCCAAGUUCGCUCGAAGUUGACACCCAGUCGCCUGGAUAUUUUCCCAUGACUCGAAUCCUCCAAGCAGAUGCUGCAGACCGGAUUUUUUCCGAGGUUACAGAGCGAAUUUGUGCAACGGGUUUGAAUGGGUUUCCGAUCACAAGACAGUCGGAACGCAUCCGUCAAGCCGUGCGCACAUAUAUCUCUGACAUUGAACCAGAAGCAGCUGUUAUCGAGCUGGUUGAGGAUAAGGAUCCAAACGGUUUCUGGGCGAGCGUCAGCCAGAAUCUUCUGUUGCUGCGGGGCCUUAUCGCUGGCGGGGUCUUAAUGUUCGCUUUUGGGAACAAACGAUGGAGGGUUGACUAUGGUCUUGACCCUAACAGACAGCCGGCUACCAAACUAGCAGUACCGUACAGGGCUAAGGACAGCCCUUCACCUCGAUCUGAGUUUAGCCACCCAGACGUCGUCAUUAUCCUCACAUCGCUGAGUUAUUAUUAUGGCGGACUUACCGAUGAGGAACUAUUCCAAGUAUUUUCCCAUCUUCUCAGAUCCGAUCAGGCGGAAUUGGAAUACCAGGCUUGGCUAAAGGAUGCGAAAGGUCUAUCCAACGGCCAUCGGCAAUUGACUGGUAUCAACCUUGAAGAUAAUGAAUGUAUCCAACAAGUCUUCAAACAUUUCCGGUAUGCCAAAAGCGUCAUUGAUUACUUCUUGGCGCACAUUGUCUUCCCAAAGGAGAUGAAAGAAUUUCCGCAUAAGCUCUCAGCAUCGGGCUGGGACAUCGGCGAAGUCAAAACGCACCCGACUACAGGAUUUAGCGGUACCAACGACUCGCGCAAGGUACUCCCCCUUGGUGUUGAGCAGCCAGACCCCGACGCCCAGAAGCAUACCAACGCCUUGGUAUUAGAGAAUUUACUCCAACCCGAAAAUUGUGUUGAGCUCAUGCCGUCUCGCGGAGAGAUGGUCGGAACCAUCGCCGAAAUGCUGCUUGACACUAUAACCCAGAUGGAUCCGCCGACUCGCGUGAUAUUGGACGUGGGAGCCCAGAUACUUGAGCUUGACAAUAUCGGGGUUGCGAAGACAUGGCUAGAAAAGACUUCUGAUAAUGCACAAAUCCAAGCUGCUAUCUUCUUUGAUGACAACGAUGAAAUCUGUGUCCUGGAUCGAAAGGGUUACCACGAGCCUUUUCAGUCAUCUCCCUUCGCUUCACAGCUGGAUGUCUGCUUAGUGUUCCUCGAUGAGGCUCACACGAGAGGGACCGACUUAAAGCUGCCCAAAGAUUAUCGUGCAGCAGUCACUCUAGGUGCGAAUUUAACAAAGGACAGAUUAGUCCAAGCUUGUAUGCGAAUGAGAAUGUUGGGGGAAGGCCAAUCGGUUGUAUUUUGUGUGCCAGCUGAGAUCCAGAAAAAGAUCCAAGCGCACGGAGGACUGCCCGCCGAUCAUGAGAUCACGGUCUUGGACAUUUUGGCUUGGGCGAUCGGCGAAACUUGGCAUGAUAUCCACCGCAGCAUGGCAUUAUGGGCAUCUCAGGGCCGAAGACAUGAGCAACACAUGGAGACGUGGGCCAAGGCCCAAUCAAAUGGAACAAUUGAAUUCAGCAGCAACCUCGCUCAGGAAUACCUCGAAGAGGAGGCUCGCACAUUGGAAUACAGGUAUCGACCCCAUGUGAGACAAGACACGAACGAUUCGGACGCAUCGGCGAAUGGAGACGCUUCGGAUCCGAUUUCCCUGCGUUGCAAUGAAUUCAAGGAUCUGAAACUCGAGGCCGCGGCGCUCCAAGAAGAGGAAGAGAGGGAACUGUCCCCAGAGAUCGAGCAGGAAAGGGAAGACCAAAAACCGCCCCCAGCGACACCAGCCCCGCAUAGUAUUCACAGCGACGUUAGUACCUUCGCAUGCUCAGGCACUAUUGUUACCAAAACUACAGGAUACAAACCUGCAUUCUUGGCGUUACGCGAAACUGGAGCAUCUUCUCACUUCGACGUAUCUCAAUUCCGCCCAGGCCUAUUGGUGUCAGCCGACUUUAUGUGUACAAUCAUGCGCAGUGGCCUAUCGGACAAAAUGGACUUGUAUCAACGCCCCAUACAAUGGAUAUUGACUGCUGGUUCUCCAUCCACUGUGGAGCAUAUGAUGGUCAUCAGCCCAUUCGAAGCACAAAAGCUCUUACCGACAAUCAUGAGGUCCAAGAUUGUCGCGCUGCACUUAUAUGCGCCGAGAGCGAAUCUGGGAUAUCGUCGACUGGAUGCUCUAGACCUAUACACGGUACCCGAGCGACUGAACACGCGUCAUAUACCCCCGCGUCUCAUCACUGAGCUGAAUCUGUUCGCGGGACAGCUGUACUUCGAUUCAUUCGAGCAGUACGUAGACGCGUGUAAGUUCCUAGGGAUUAGCUGGGACGUACCAGGCGAGGGAGAAGAGAUUGCAGCUGAUGGGUUCAUCCUCCGGGAUAGCCAGGGAAGAGUCGGCGGUGAGUCAGGGCUGCGGAACAGCCCAGUCGCGUUCUUCAAAGAGCUUCAUACGAAGAUCCGACGCAAUUGCGAAAGUAUCGACAAGACGCAUAUGGGGAAGUUACUGGACGACCAACUGCUAAAGCCAUCCGACUUCGAGAAUUAG